GCUCACCAUAGUCAAAUGUACGUGCUGCUUAUGUGUUUGUCUUGAAAAGGAGACGAGAAGUUAUUGAAAGUGCAUCUCCCGUACAUAGAAGUGGUAGGUUGAUUCUGGAACAACUCAAGAAGAGACAAAAGCGGGAUGCUGAACAUGUGGAUUUAAGUGAAGAAAAAGAUGUUGGAUCAAAAGAUGGUGAUGAUGUGGAGAAAGAGGCUAAAGAUGCCGAGGAUGAUAUGGAGUGUGCUGGAAAUGAUGCUGAACAAUGAGGUGGAUAGUUCUGAUAGUGACGAUGAUUUUGAGGAUCCCCCAAACAAGAAUACCAGUGUGGACAUCCCUCAACCUGUGAACCCAAAAGCUGCAACACUGGACAUUGAUAGACAGUGCAAUCGGAUGGGAGGAUGGAAAGAGUCAAUACUUCACAGGAGCAUUGAUGUUUCUGAUGAAAAGGGUAAGAUGCUGGCGAAGACUGUCGUGGAGUUAGUGUCGUUGAUGGAGGGUGCACUAGCUGAGGUGAUGAACAACGAAGUUUAUGUGGAAUUGCAGAUGGUUGCUGGAAGUUUACUUGGAUUAGUGAAUAAAAAUCGAAAAGAUGUUGUGCAGCCAGUGGAAUGUUCAUUUUCCGAAGUGUUUAUGAUGAGUUCAUUUGGAGCGAUCCUGCAAAUAUCUCUAGGUUGUUUGCAUCAGAGGAGGCAGAGUUGGCGUGGAGGAAGUUCAAGCAGAUGGUGGCUGAUAUACCCUCUUUUAGCCUUGGCUUCACACAAGAUCGUGAAUUGCAAGCAAGUGGUGACCAACAUGUGGUUGAUGUUGGUAAUUGCAGCAACAGUCCAUUUACCCCUGUGCAACAGUCCAUUUACCCCUGUGGUUGGAGUCAAUAAUGUGAAUAAGCAACUCGCCAACGAUUCGAGUGAACCUAGAGGGUGUAUUGAUCCUGAAACUAACUUGCAUAUGGUGGGUGGUGCAGUAUUUGGCAGAGGGUCUGCCACUGAGGAAAUUGGAAGAGAUGAUGCAUCAAUAGUAUGUGUCGAGAACGGUGGUCAUGAAGAUAAUUCGUUGGAAACUACGAGAAUGAUGUUCAAGGAUGCAAUGAAAGCUGCUUGGGAUGAUGCAGAGGAUACCUUUAAUUGGGGGAAACUAGAAGUGCUAAAGAUGUUGGCUAAUUUCUUAGAUCAACAAGGAUUUAUAAACAAGGCAGCCUGUAUACGUGAACUUGAUCCUAAAAGAAUUGGGCUACCUUGGAGGGAUGCAAAGCAAGUGUAUGAUUACGGGGUGGCAACAAUGCGUCACAUGGAGACCUACAUGGGAGAGGGUGCGAAGGGAUGCGAUUAUGGUCUGUCGAAUCUAAACCACAAGCCACUUUUAGUGCUGCGUAAGAAGUACUGUGCAGUAAUUUUACUCCACAAGGUGAAUGAGAUGAUGGAGAUGUUAGCAAACGAGUCUUUUAAGAAAGAUAAGGUGGUUAAGGGGACGAAUCUUGAGUGAAAAACUAUUCUGAUGCUCUGCGUGAAUUUUUGUUGCACGGGGUGUUUUUUUUGGUAUUUUGAGAACUUGGGGUAUUAUGG